AUGGCGCGACGAGAGACUGCACCACUCCUCGCCAACGAGAACCCCCUAGAUGAGUUUGAUGACGAGGAGCGCGAGCUGUUGAGGAAAGAGGAGGCCAAGCACAUCCGCAGGGAGCGAGCACGUAUGAUCUUAUGCCUGGGUUUGGCGAUCGUGUUGACCUCGUCUGCCGUCACCAUCACCUUUUACUUUGCCAAAAUGUCCCUCGGGAGGAGUCGUAAUGUGAUCAUGAUGGUGUCGGACGGGUUCGGACCCGCAUCCCAGACCUACGGACGAUCCUUCUACCAGUACAAGAAUAACCUCACCGAGGACAAACUCACAUCCUUGGACGAGAUGUUGAUUGGUGCUUCGCGGACCCGGAGUAGCGACUCGCUUGUUACUGACUCUGCUGCUGGUGCCACCGCCUUCGCUUGUGCUAUAAAGACCUUUAACGGCGCCAUUGGAGUCGAUCCAAUGGGAAACCCAUGCGGUACAAUCCUGGAAGCAGCCAAGGACCUAGGCAUGCUAACCGGCCUCGUCGUCACCUCCAGGAUCACCCACGCCACUCCCGCCUCCUUCUCGGCCCACGUCAUCCACCGCGACAUGGAGUCUGAGAUUGCAGAGCAACAGAUUGGAGAUUACCCGCUCCUGCGACAAGUGGAUCUGAUGAUGGGUGGAGGGAGGUGCUUCUUCUUGCCGAACACGACCAAAGGAUCGUGUAGGACAGAUGGGAGGGAUCUGAUCAAGGAGGCUAAGGAGAUCUAUGGGUGGAAGUAUGUUAUGGAGAGCAAGGACGAUCUCUUGGCGCUAACGGGGAAGAACGGGGACACGUUACCCUUACCGGCGAUGGGGUUGUUUCAUCUGGAUCAUAUGAAUUAUGAGAUUGAUAGAGAUAACGAGAAGGAGCCGUCGUUGAAAGAGAUGACCAUAGCCGCCCUGGCGAUGCUCACGGGCCAGAAGAAUUCCAACCAGGGGUUCUUUCUGAUGAUUGAGGGCAGUCGGAUUGAUAUGGGCGCGCAUAAUAACGACCCUGUGUCGCAUGCGUAUGAGAUCUUGCAGUAUCAUGAGACUGUUAAGGUAGUCCAGAAGUUUGUCCGUGAUAACCCAGAUACCUUGGUUAUCUCGACCUCUGACCAUGAGACUGGAGGGUUCACGCUUGGGUACCAGGAUGACCCGGAUACUUACCCGGAUUACCUCUGGAAGCCUGAGGUCAUUGACCGUGCCACGGCGUCAACUGAAGCUCUCACCCUCCAGCUUUUUGCGUACAACAACCAACCUGGCAGCGCUGGCCAUACCCAGAAGGACCGCGAACAGUUCGUCAAGACCCAGAUCUUGGACAAGGGACUCGGGAUCACGGACCCGAAGCCAGAGGAGAUUGCGUACCUGGCGAACAAGGAUCCGGACUACUUGAAGGUCUUGCCCUUCUUGGGCCAUGCGAUCAGUCGGCGCGCCAAUCUGGGGUGGACGACAUUGGGGCAUACGGGGGUCGAUGUGAAUUUGUAUGCGACGGGAGAUGGGUAUGGAAAGCUGUCGGGGAACCACGAGAACACGGAGAUUGGAGUGACCAUGGCGGAUUACUUGAAGGUCGAUCUCUCUUAUAUCACCCGCAAGCUCCAAAAGAGCGCGCAGAAGUGGUACCAGCCUAAGGAGCCCCAGUUCUUCACGCGCCAUACUCGGCACCAAAAAUCUGGACAGUAA